AUGGCAAGAAAAGCAACAUCGAGCUAUGGGAUGAGAAAAAGUUUUGAGCCGAAACCUGUGAAGAAUAACAAGUCAGAAUCAAGUGAGGGCAAGAAGAUAUACACUGACUAUCACCGUCAUCGAGCCUGCCCAAUUCAAGGGUGUAAAUCAGUGGUGAAGCGCUUAUCUAAUCAUAUACGUCAAGUUCAUCGGGACAUCCCAGUAGGGUCACCAUUUUACAAAAAGAUUUUGAGAGAAGCUCGCUCAGCCAAAACCUGGAAACCGUCUGAACAAGUUAAACGUUUUCGUACAGAAGAGGAAACAAAGAUAAAAAAAUGUUCUCUCGCCGAGUCAGAAGAUGAAGUGGAGGUGCAGACGAACAACACGGAACCUUCUGAAGAAGAGCAAGCCAUUAUGGAAUCGGCAGAAGAAGCUUAUUCUUCAAACGUAGAAGAUGAGAUAAAUGUAGUAUCCUCCUUCCGCAGCUGGUUGCAGUCAGCAGAUGGCGGUAGAAAGGAUAAGAAAUUAUCAAAGCAACAUGCCUCGCAAUUGUUCCGUAUAUUGCAGAUAAUUGAUCCUUCGCUGCAGUUUGAGUCGUUGUUCAACAAAACCCUUGUUCGCGACACUUUUUUGAAGCAAGCAGAAGCAAAGUAUACAGCCGAUACCGUCAAAGCCUAUCUCCUCAGUUUAAGGCAUUUCUGUUCGUACGUGGUUGCCGAGAAACCUGAAAGUGUGGCUGUUGAUCCUGCCCUUGUGCAACAAAUUCAAGAGAAAGCACGUCUUUGGUCCAUGUCGUAUAGGAAGGAUAGUAAACGGCGGUAUCUUGAGAAGAUGGACAAUGACCUUAGCAAUUUAGUGACCCCUAAAAUGGUCAACGAAUAUGAACGCAGUGAGGCAGCACGGAGCGCUGUUAACCUUUUGGAACAACUAAGUGGAGCGCAUUCGUUACAAGUUAACCAGUCCAUGUACACUCUCGUCAGAGAUUUUAUUCUCCUUGAAAUCACUAUUGCCAAUGCACACCGUUCUGGUGAUCGGCAAAUAUGA